AUGAUUCGACGAUCGAAGCGACCGAGCUCAGCCAUCUCGCCCAUCAAACCAGCACAAGAUUCCUCGCAAACCCAUACCACAACCCCAUCGGGGAAGAGACCAACAAAGAAAACACGGUUCUCCGACAGUGUUAUACUCAACGCAACUACAGGCUUGACGCCUCACGUAGGCAAAGCAUCUCUCGCUACCCCCAAGGCAAGAGGGGCAUCAACUCCGGCGCCAUCUCGAUACCAGGAACAAGAUGAAGUUCAGUUUACCCCUUUUCGUGAAUGCCUGGAACCUCGAACUGUCAGACGCAUGCGGCGCCAUGGGUUGAGCGAGGAGAUGAAUCAAUACCAGGCAGACCAGAAAGCCAACGCUGCUUUGCGGAGAGAACUCGACGAGAAGGAUGUAGAGCUGAAGAAACUCAGAGCCGAAUUGGACGAUGCCCGUCGCUUCGACAAAGCACUUCUGAGCCACCCGAACUCAAGUCAGGACCGUAUGCGCCAGCUGGAAACCGAAAUUGCCCAUCUGGAACGAAGUGUCAGCUUCUCGAGCGCGCACUCUGCGUCCAACAGCCAGGGACAAGGAGGUGGUAGCUCCCCACAACCGAGCGAUGGAGACAACGACUUCCAGAUAUAUGAGGACGACGGUGACAACGACGAUCAAGUUGCCGACGGGGAAGAUGCUCUCACUAUGGGCUUAGAACUUGAGUCUGCCCGUCAAGCCAAAGAAGCAUUCUUCCGUUCCAGUCAGGGAUCCUCAUUCAAUCACCUCCAUUUUGAGGACUCUCCUGUCCGCCCAAGUACUAGGCAGAAGAGCGUGCCACGAUCUCCUCGAUCUUUCUACCAUGACCUUUCUAAACAGUUGAAAGCGGCAACCAAUCGGGCGGAGGAGGUAGAACUCGCAUUGCAAGCACUGAAUAUGGAGAUCAAAAGCUUAGGGUUCCCUUGCAAGGAAGACGAUGUUGCAGAAUGUGUCACGAACAUUAAACAUCAUUUCCGUCAAAUGCGCCUUGACCUCGAGCAGGUUAUUCCAGGAGAAACCGUUGGCUCUUUCGACAAUUCGAGAUUGAUGCCCGAGAUUAUUGCUAAGUUGGCCAUGCUGUCUCGAAUGAUGCGCGAUCGAGAAGCUGAACUGAAAUCCAUGAGAGACCAACAGCGUUGUCUCAAGGGCAAUUUCGAUCAUGCCAUCACCGCAGCCGAAAAGGCCAACAGAAAGGUCAAGGAACUGGAAGACGCAAUCGACAAAAACGCCGAAGAAAUGCUACACCUGCGAAUGCGAGCACAGGCUCUGGAGCGAGAAGCCAAAGAGCACGAGUCUAACAACCGAUCUCUCAUUACAGCCAUCGAAAAGUACCGCGAAGAAGUAAAGAGAUUGGAGCAGUUGGUCGAGUUGAUCGAAGCUGAACAGGCAUCGAGACUUCAGGACGUUCAUGCAGCCACGGUGUCCCAGUUCACCAAACAGCUCUCCGACAUGGAGGCCAAAGCAGCGGCCGAGUCUCGAGGAAGACGAGCAGCCGAAGAAUCUGCGGUUGACCGUCUGCGUAGAAUCAAUGAGCUGGAGGCCGACAUGUCUGCGGCGCGACAACGCUCGGAAGAUGUCAAAGAAAAGUUGAACAUCCUUGAACAGCAGCUGGCAUCGUCGAGCCGUACCCACGAAGAAGAGAUUGGGGGUCUCAACUCUCGCAUAUCCGGCUUGUCCACGGCUCUGACUUCAGCCAACGCGGAAAUUGACAAGCUCCGAAAGAUCAACGUUAAGCUCGAGGAUCGAUACCGGAGCGAGGUCGAGCACAGUGCCCAGGCCGUGGAGCGCAUGCAAAAUGAAUGUAUCCGGAGCGCGGCCAAGGUGAAUGAGGAGAAGAAGAGCUACAUCCGAGCGGCAAAGGUCCGAUAUGCUAAUUGGGAGCUGGAAAGCGAUGACCUCGUCUCGGAUCCAGUUGGGCCUAUGACUCCCGCGAGCAUUGUGCGAUUCUCCGACCCCGAAGCUCCGGACGACCAUGUUGAAGGCAGCGUCGAAAUGUCGAGAGGUCGGUCCCGUCGGCAUGGCUCCAAGACCGGUCUGGGCAUCAUGAAGCGAGGCCGUCGACGUUACGAUAGCGGUAUUGGCAUGGAUUCUCUCAGCGAAGCCGACGAAGCCGACGCAUCACAGGACGAGGCGAUGACCCCGGAUCUGAGUUCGGAAGCGGACAUUGACGGUGAAGUUGAUGUUGAUGUGAUGGUUUGA